AUGCCGCCACCACCUCCGCGGAGCAGGUGAGCAGGGCGCGCCCGGCUUCGCCUGGCGGUGCCCGGGCGGGCGGAGCCGCCGCGGACAAGCCCCGCCACCGUGGGGCACAGAGAAGCGCUGUCCGACCGCCAGCCCUGCCGCACGGGUGCUGAGGAGCUGCCUUUGGCUUGCCAUGACUCCUGCCAAGCAUUGUGCCAGAUCAUCAGCGUGUCUGAAUUGCACUCUCCUCUCCUUGCCUCCAUGGACAGGACGCUCAAUGAAACGAGCCAGGGCAUUGCCACACUUGCUGGGAGCAAGUAUCACCUCUAUGUUGGGUUGGCUUUGGCAAUAGGUUCCAGUAUCUUUAUUGGUUCUAGUUUCAUACUGAAGAAGAAAGGACUUUUGAAGCUGGCAGACAAAGGAGUACCCCGAGCUGGACAGGGUGGACAUUCUUACCUGAAGGAAUGGCUUUGGUGGGCUGGAUUGCUUUCAAUGGGAUUAGGAGAAGCUGUGAACUUUGCUGCCUAUGCCUUUGCACCUGCAACCUUAGUUACCCCUUUGGGGGCACUCAGCGUUCUCAUAAGUGCUAUAUUGUCAUCCUAUUUUUUAAAUGAGAAGCUGAAUAUUCAUGGCAAGCUGGGCUGCAUGCUGAGCCUUUUGGGGUCAACAGUCAUGGUCAUUCAUGCCCCUGAGGAGGAGGAGGUCACCUCACUAGAUGAGAUGGAAAGAAAGCUGCAAGAUCCAGCAUUCGUCACCUUUGCUGUUCUCCUAACAGUUGUUGCCCUGGUGCUGAUUUUUGCUGUGGCUCCAAGGAGAGGGCAGACAAACAUCCUGGUUUACGUUUUGAUCUGCUCGCUCAUCGGGGCUUUCUCUGUCUCCUCUGUGAAAGGCCUGGGCAUUGCCAUGAAGCAGCUGCUGGAGCAGAAGCCAGUUUAUCGCCAUCCACUGGUCUACCUCUUGGUGGGUGUCUUGGUGCUCUCAGUCAGCACUCAAAUCCACUAUCUCAACAAAGCCUUAGACGUGUUCAACACCUCUCUAGUGACACCUGUUUACUACGUCUGCUUCACCACCACGGUCGUGACAUGCUCCAUCAUCCUCUUCAAGGAGUGGAGCAGUAUGGACGUGGGUGAUAUCAUUGGAACCCUUAGUGGCUUCUGCAGCAUCAUCAUUGGUAUUUUUCUGCUGCAUGCUUUCAAAAAUACUAACAUCACCUGGAGACAGUUGAUGGCCACCGUGGCUAAGGAACCAUCACAACCUCACCAUGAGGAUGAGACCUGUCACACUCUACUGGAGAGCAUGGAAGACCCUGCUUUGGUACAUGAGGAGGACAAUGUUUUAUUCAGCCAGCACAGCUCUCAAGCAACCUUCAUCACUGAAGCAUCAUGAAUCACAGAAUUAUUGAGGCUGCAAAAGACCUCUGAGAUCAUCAAGUGCAGCCCAUGACCUAACACCACCACAUCAGCUAAACCAUGCCACCAAGUGCAUGAACUCGUGGUGUCCCCCAGGGAUCAGUGUUGGGCCCCAUCCUGUUCAAU